AAAUAUUUGGAAAAAGAAAAGAAAAUAUUCUUUCAAACCCAUCCACUACGUAAAUUCGCAUCAUUUCUCCUUUUGUGUGCUGUUAAAGCAGCGUGGAAACCGCGUCUCUCACCGCCUCUUAAGAAUCAGUUUCUUGAGCUUAUAGGUUUUCAGAGGAAACUUGGUUUCAGGUUUUUUGGUCUCAACAGAGAAAUACAGAGAGAGAGAGAUUCAGAGAAGAUGAGUUACUACAAUCAGCAGCAGGCUCCAGUUGGUGUUCCUCCUCCACAAGGGUAUCCUCCAAAGGAUGCUUACCCUCCACCAGGGUACCCUUCACAGGGUUACCCUCAGCAGGAGUACCCUCCUCCACAGGGUUACCCACAACAAGGGUACCCACAGCAAGGCUAUGCUCCCCAGUAUGCUCAGCAGCCCCCUCCUAGGAAAGAAAGUGCUGGUUUGCUUGAAGGAUGUUUAGCAGCACUUUGCUGUUGUUGCCUUUUGGACGCGUGCUUCUGAUGGAAAUCUUGACGAUUUAAUCUUUGAUGAUUCGAUCACGAUUGCUUUAGGUUGGGGUAAAGUCUCAUUCAAGUUUAGGAUAAGCUCUAGUGUCUGGCAAUAUGUUUAACAGUGCUGUUUAGUUUGGCAAUAUGUAAUGCAGACUCCGGGAAUUAUAUGAUGGAUUUAUGUAAGGAUAUUUUCUUUCUGAAUUGAAUGACAGUUUACUUUCGACAUUGUCGUGCUAUUGUUCAUCAGCAAAAUGAAUUUACUACGUUGUCUGUAGUUAAUGGUUCAGAUUCA